AGAAAGAGAGGCGCCUCCGAGCAAAUGACAGAGAGUUCAAUCUGAAAUUUAAAUAUGCGACCAAUGCAAUCAAGACCUCCAAGUACAACGUAUUCACCUUCCUGCCGCUCAACCUCUUCGAGCAGUUCCAGCGGGUGGCCAACGCUUACUUCGUCUUCCUCCUCAUCCUGCAGCUCAUUCCACAAGUCUCCUCCUUGUCCUGGUUCACGACGGUGGUCCCUCUGGUGCUGGUGCUAACCGUGUCUGCCGUGAAAGAUGCCACGGAUGACUUUUAUCGGCACAAAAGUGACAAUCAGGUCAAUAAUCGCACAGUGCAGGUGCUCGCCAAAGGAGGGUUCACCAGCGAGAAAUGGAUGAAGGUCCAGGUGGGCGACAUCAUCAAAUUAGAGAACAACAACUUUGUGACGGCAGAUCUGCUGUUACUGUCCAGCAGCGAACCGAACAGUCUGGCGUACAUUGAGACCGCCGAGCUUGAUGGGGAAACCAACCUGAAGGUGAAGCAGUCGCUGACCAUAACGGGGGACAUGGGGGAAGACCUCAACCAGCUGUCAGAGUUUGAUGGUGAAGUAGCGUGCGAGGCCCCCAAUAACCGAUUGGACACAUUCACCGGAACGCUGACCUACCAGGAAGAGAAAUACGCUUUGGACAAUGGCAAGAUCCUUCUACGCGGCUGCACGAUCAGGAACACGGAGUGGUGCUUUGGGAUGGUCAUCUUUGCGGGUCCGGACACUAAGCUGAUGCAGAACAGCGGCCGCACCACCCUGAAGAGGACCAGUAUAGACCGUCUCAUGAAUAUUUUGGUGCUAUGGAUCUUUGUCUUCUUGGCUGUCAUGUGCAUCAUCCUGGCUAUCGGCAAUGGGAUUUGGGAAUCCAAGCAAGGCUAUUACUUCCAGGUGUUUCUCCCAUGGGCAGAAGGCGUGCACAAUGCUGCCUUCUCGGGGUUCCUAAUGUUCUGGUCGUACGUCAUUAUCUUAAAUACCGUGGUGCCCAUCUCACUCUACGUAAGUGUUGAGAUCAUUCGGCUGGGGAACAGCUUCUACAUUAAUUGGGACCGGAAGAUGUAUUACCCCAAGAAGGACACCCCGGCGGAGGCCCGAACCACCACCCUCAAUGAGGAGCUGGGGCAAAUCAAAUACAUUUUCUCUGACAAGACUGGAACCCUCACCCAGAACAUCAUGACCUUCAACAAGUGUUCCAUCAAUAGCAACUCCUACGGGGACGUGUUUGACUAUGCUGGAAAUAGACUGGAGAUUAAUGAGUACACAGAAAAGGUGGAUUUUUCCUACAAUCCUCUGGCUGACCCCAAGUUCUUUUUUCAUGAUCACCGAUUGGUGGAGUCGGUGAAGAUGGGUGACCCGUCCACUCAUGAGUUCUUCCGGCUGCUGGCGCUGUGCCACACGGCGAUGACUGAGGAAAAGAAGCCAGGUGAACUGGUGUACCAGGCCCAGUCUCCAGACGAAGGUGCUCUGGUGACCGCCGCCAGGAACUUCGGCUUUGUGUUUCGCUCCCGGACACCAGAGACCAUCACCGUGGUGGAGAUGGGGACGACCAAAGUGUACGAUUUGUUGGCUAUUUUGGACUUCAACAAUGACCGCAAAAGGAUGUCUGUGAUUGUGCGGAGCCCAGAGGGACGUCUGACGCUUUACUGCAAAGGGGCCGACACCAUCGUUUACGAACUUCUCGAGCGCUCAAGUGAAGACUUGAAGGAGGUGACCACCGACCAUCUGAAUGAGUUUGCCGGUGAAGGCCUGCGCACGCUGGUUCUGGCUUACAAGGAUCUGGACAAGACCUACUUUGCAGACUGGAAGAAACGGCACCACGAGGCCAGUACGUCCCUGGAGGACCGCGAUGAGAAGCUCUCAAAGCUGUAUGAAGAGAUCGAGACUGACCUGAAGUUAAUUGGAGCCUCUGCUAUAGAAGACAAACUCCAGGAUGGUGUCCCCCAGACCAUCGAGAUCCUGACCAAGUCCGACAUUAGGAUCUGGGUCCUCACAGGGGACAAACAAGAGACGGCUGAGAACAUCGGAUACUCGUGUAACAUGCUGCAGGAUGAGAUGAAGGAGGUUUUCAUCAUCAAAGGUACCAGCUCCGAGGAGGUUCUGGAUGAGCUCAGGUCCGCUCGGAGGAAGAUGAACCCGGACUCCUUCCUGGACACCUACGCUGUGAAUGUUCACAUAAAGGAUGGAUCGAAAAAAACUCAGAUGAUCCCGGACGAUGAGCUGGAGGGAGAGAACACCUACGGGAUUAUCAUCAACGGCCACAGCCUGGCUUACGCUCUGCAGGAGAAGAUGGAGGUGGAGCUGCUGAGGACGGCGUGUAUGUGCCAGGCGGUGAUCUGCUGCCGGGUCACCCCCCUGCAGAAGGCUCAGGUGGUCCAGAUGGUGAAGAAGUACAAGAAGGCCAUCACCUUGGCGAUCGGGGACGGCGCUAACGACGUCAGUAUGAUUAAAACUGCCCACAUCGGGGUGGGGAUUAGCGGGCAGGAAGGGAUGCAGGCCGUGCUAUCCAGCGACUUCUCCUUCGCCCAGUUCCGUUACCUGCAGCGCCUCCUCCUGGUCCAUGGCCGCUGGUCCUACAUCCGCAUGUGCCAGUUCCUCCGCUACUUCUUCUACAAGAACUUCACCUUCACCCUGGUCCACUUCUGGUACGCAUUCUUCUGCGGCUUCUCUGCUCAGACGGUUUAUGACGAGUGGUUCAUCACAUUGUAUAAUCUGGUGUACACCUCGCUACCUGUACUGGGGAUGAGCCUCUUCGAUCAGGAUGUGGAUGACCGAUGGAGCAUGGAGUACCCGCAGCUGUAUGAACCCGGGCAGAAGAACCGCUACUUCAACAUCAAGGAGUUUGUGAAGUGUGUGAUCCAUGGGGUGUACAGCUCCCUUGUCCUGUUCUUCAUUCCGUAUGGGGCACUGUAUGACACAGUGAGGGAUGAUGGGAAAGCCGUGUCCGACUACCAAUCCUUUGCCUUGAUGGCUCAGACAUGCCUGCUGCUUGUGGUAUCGGCUCAGAUCGGCCUGGACACUGCCUACUGGACAGCCGUCAACCAGUUCUUCAUCUGGGGCAGCAUAGCCGUCUAUUUUGCCAUCAGUUUUACCAUGUACAGCGAUGGGAUGUAUCUGAUCUUUACGGCUUCCUUUCCGUUCAUCGGAACUGCGCGGAACUCCUUGAACCAGCCCAGCAUUUGGUUCGCCAUUUUCCUGACCGUGGUCCUCUGCGUCCUGCCGGUGGUGGCCUACAGGUUCCUGAGGUCGCUGCUGAGACCCACCUUCAGUGACCGGAUCCAGAAAAAAAUCAGCGAGGCGAAGAAGCGCCCGCUCCCGCCGCUCCGGCUACGCCUUCUCCCACCAGCAGGGGUACGGAGACCUCAUCACCUCCGGCAGGAGCUUACGUCCCAGAAUGCACUUCCACCAGACCGGAAAGUUCUCCCCGAACGAGCGGAACCGCAACCUCUAACGGGAGGGGGGGAGGAGCCGGAGGGCGAGGAACCGUCCGGGGGGCAGUGA